UUCCUCUACCUGUCAGUUUCCCUCGCCUGCAUUUCAUUCACAGUUUGGGACAGAGGGACACAACAACUGCAGGCAUGAGUGGACGAGUUGGAGACUUGAGCCCAAAGCAGGCUGAGAUAUUAACUGAGUUUCGGGGCAGGAUCCAGGACGUCCUCCCCAGCCUCCCCGCGCAGCACGACCACUACCUGCUCCGCUUCCUCCGAGCUCGUAGCUUCAAUGUUCAGAAAUCUGAAGCCAUGAUCAGAAAGCAUGUGGAGUUCAGGAGGAAGAUGAACGUAGACACCAUCAUCUCUGACUGGAAACCUCCAGAGGUGAUUGAGAAGUAUGUGUCUGGAGGGAUGUGUGGGUACGACAGGGAGGGGAGUCCCAUCUGGUACGAUGUGAUUGGUCCUAUGGAUCCUAAAGGUCUCCUGAUGUCGGCCAGCAAGCAGGACUUCCUGAAGACCAAGAUCAGACACACAGAGAUCCUGAGGAGGGAGUGCAAGAGGCAGUCUGAGAAGUUGGGGCGGCACAUUGAAUCUAUCUCUCUGAUCUACGACUGUGAAGGACUCGGACUGAAACACAUCUGGAAACCUGCUGUAGAGACUUAUGGAGAGGUCCUCACCAUGUUUGAAGAGAAUUACCCAGAGGGCCUGAAAAGGGUUUUUCUAAUCAAAGCUCCCAAAAUGUUUCCCGUGGCCUACAAUCUAAUCAAACACUUUAUGUGUGAGGAAACGCGGCGCAAGAUCUACAUUUUAGGAAGUAACUGGCAGGAAGAGUUACGUAAACAUGUCGACCCAGACCAGCUUCCUGUGGCGUACGGUGGAAACAUGACGGACCCUGAUGGAGACCCUCGCUGCAGAACCAUGAUAAAUUAUGGUGGCACAGUUCCCAGGUCGUACUAUGUGCUGGACUCGGUGAAUGUUCAGUACGACAGCAGUGUGACCGUCAGCCGAGGCUCCGCCCUCCAGCUGGAGUACGAUGUGACAGCCGCCAGCAGCCUGCUGAGGUGGCAGUUCACCAGUGACGGAGCAGACAUCGGGUUUGGAGUGUACAGACGGACUAAAGAGGGCGGGGGUCAGAAAGUGUCUGAGAUGCUGCAGGUUCUGCCCAGCGAGCGCUACAACGCUCACCUGGUGCCUGAAGACAGCUGCCUCACCUGCCCCGAGCCCGGAGUCUACGUGCUGUGCUUUGAUAACAGCUACAGCAUCCUGCAGUCCAAGAAGGUGAGCUACAAAGUGGAGGUGCUUCCUCCUGCGGACGGAUGCGGCGUUCUUGCAGCAGACGAGGCAGGAGGCUGCGGUGAUCGAGAGCUCAGAUCCCCGUGUGACAGAGUUCACUGAGUGUUCAUCCACAGCCAAAUCAAUGCUUUAGCAUCAGGGCAGCAUUAGCCCCCUUCAGGGCCCUAGGGCAAAACAUUAGCCAUGGCCACUGAUUACAUUUCUCCCUCUGUGCACUGUGUAUAAGGUCACAGUCGGUAAUUAGCCUGUGAAAACAUGAUCAGCAAACUGCGGACAGUCUUGGUUAGAGAAUAGCUGGUAAAGAUCGAGGAGCAUUUAUCAGCUGAGCGGACACAUAUUCACCUCAGAAGUUGGAAGAUUAUUGUAACAGUAUUGAUUAUAGCUGCUUCAAGUACAAGUCAUUUCCAAAUGUGACUUUACGGACAAGAAACUGACUCUCUGCAGAAUAAAUCUACCAAGGGAAAGUGAGCUUCUUCUCAUACUAUCUUUUCCAUUUACAGACACCAGUUUCUGUGACGUUUAAGAAAUCAGUUUACUGGCUGUUACCCAGUUGAUAUAAACACUAAUGAACUCUAACACUGUAGAGUUCAGGUCUACAUUACUGCAGCAAAAGGAUAAGUUAAACCACUGGAGGUCCUCAAAGCAGGAUUUUCUGCUGGUGUUAAGUUACUCUUUAAGCACACGUUUUUUUAAUCAUUUCUGCAAUGUAAACAAUAAAGUACAAGAAUGUAGAAUUUCAAAGUAGAUUUGACCUCAGAACAGAAGAGCCAGACGUUUAGGUUGCUGUCAUACAGUAUAUCCAUUAAGGUGUGGGUUUUUGUUCAUUUAGAUAUGGUUACACACAUUUCUUUACUUUUAACAUACACAACUAAAAUAUACCAUGAUCUUCCAGUUAGAAAAUAUAUCACUCAGAACAAAGUUUUAAACAUUACCGACAACAUGUUUCACAGUUGCCUUUGUAGAAGUUUUAAUAGGGAAAUAUGUACAGGACAGAUUGUCCUUUGUUUAAUUUGUUUUUUUAGAAGAACAUGUCUCACCAUAAUUUGAAAACAGAAUCCCUAACAUUAUAAACUCAUAAUUUAAAGGUCCCCUAUUAUACUAUUUUUCAACAAUAUAUUGUAGGUCUC